UUUCAGUUGCACUUGCGGCAAUCAACAAGCUAGAGCAAGAAUGAAUUCGUUCGUGAUUUCGGCACUGGUGUUGGCGGCGGGAGUGAUCGUGGCCAGCGACGCCCUGCAGCACUACGCGGUGGAGAAGAGCUUCAGCGAGGCCCAGGCCGAGUGCGCCCUGUACCAAGGUGUCCGCGAUGACGACCUGCUGCGCUACGUGAAGGAAGGCUACCCGGACGAGGAGGAAGUCCGCUGUCUGCUGCGUUGCGUCGCCUUCAACCUGCGCUUCUGGAACCGUACCACCGGUCUGCAAAAGGAGCGAGUGGCCGGAUACUUCGUGCCGUACCCGCAUGACUUCCACAACGUCGAGCGCACCGAGCAGUGCCUGGCGGAGAACCUCUACACCUGCGACGAUGACCUCUGCACCCAGGUGUACAAGGCGUUCCAGUGCUACUACCAGCACUACGGAGCCCUGAGCGAGUGCCCGCAGUUCGUCGUCAACACCUACCUGGAGGACCAGCAGCAGGCGUACGACCUGUUCGGCAUGCUCGACGUCUCGCGCCCCACUCUCCAGAGUCUGGCUGGCGGUUGCUUCCCGAGCGGCGAGGAGUCUCUCUGCUUCUUCCGCAACUUCGUGACCCGCUCCAAGCUCUACAACGAUGAGGACGGCUACAACCUGGAAUACCUGUACUACCAGUACCAGGAGGAGGUCUUCAACCCGAACAACGCCCUGACCGUCGCCUGCCUCGCCAACCAGAAGAAGCUGGCCUGCAAGAAGACCAAGUGCCAGCACGCCUACGACUCCUUCCAGGCUUGCUUCGGCGAGUCCAAGGCCCGCGACUACCUGGUGAACACCGUGUUCGUCGAUGCCGCCAAGAACGUCCUCGGACAGCCCGUCUGCCACUGCAGCAAGGUUAAGCUUUGCGACCUGCACAAGAACUAA